AGGUUUACAAAUCGGGUCUUGUAGGGCUGAACAAUCACAACAGCAGUAUAUAGCACCCUCUCUCCAAGCACCCCCUUAUGCACCCUCUCUCCAGUCACCACAGCAACCACAUGGACACAACCAGCCAAGGUCAAGCAAAGGGGGAUUUCAGUGUCCAAUUUGCCUAAAAACAUUCACCCAGAAGAGCUAUCUGAAUUAUCAUAAUAACAUUCAUACAGGCAAUAAGCCAUUUAAAUGCAAAUGUUGCCCAGCAAGAUAUGCCGCAGCAUCUAAUCUCAAAUGGCACAUGAAGAAAUGCUGUCCAAGUUUUAUUUAAAGCUUCACAAACCUGGUCUUUGUCUAGUGAGGCUACACAAUCACCACAGCAGUAUAUAGCACCUUCUCUCCAAGCACCCCCUAAUGCACCCACUCUCCAGUCACCACAGCAACCA